ACUUCACUGCUCAUGUCUUAUGGUCCUCGUCGGAUUGUCGUCUUUGAGCAUGUUUGUUCAUCACAUAAAUCAGAAUUCACCAUAUUCUGAAAAAGAGGCAAUCUAAGUUGAUCCUCGCAAUAUAGAAUAGUGUAAAUUGGAAUCUUUUACAAGGAUUUCAAUCUCAAUACUCCGUGUGAGGAAGAACAAAAUAGAAAGAUUGCUUUUGGAUGAAACAAACGCGAGACACUGUUAGAAAUUCUAGCCGUGUCCGAAUACAGAUUUCCUCCAUAGUCAUCAGAAAGUCGAAAGUUAGAUAUAGGUCUGCAAGAAAAAUGUACUUGUUGCCUAAUUCAGACACAAAAGAAAAAAAGGUAUGUCAUCAAGUUUCUCACAACACAUUCCAUGAUAAAGCUGUUUUGAGAUACGCGAGAAACCCUACGAUACAAAUUCAGGGGAGCUCAUAUCCUAAAUUGGUCUUCAUCAAAACAAAGAAGCUGAGUACUAAACUUCAAGAAGUCAGAUUAAGAGAAAAUGUGACGAGUCUUUUGAUGAUUUUUUCUCUUGUUUUAGUGUCCGCUACUCUGGCGUCUCAUUAUUGAAUCACGGGAGGCAAAACUAACAAAACAUGUUCUCCUCUUCAUCCAUUUUCAAUGGUCUUCAUGUACUCGCACAGCCUUGCCUUUGACUCGAAAUCGGUUUGCUAGGGAAUUUCUUUCCCGGUUAGAAACUUGGGU